AUACUGACCAUUAUAUUUCGGGAUAAGUCCAGAGUCACUCAGGUGUGAUAAUUUGAUGAACUAAAAAGGUACUUCAUUGCAAUAUAAUAAUAUAAUUCUGGAGAGAUAAUUAAAAAAAAGAUUUCAUAGGACUAUCAAUUAUGUUAUAUUAUAUUGUCGAAAAAAAGUUGUUUCUUUGAAUGCCAACAAAAGCUUGAUUAGUAGUACUGGAAGGGCCUACUUUUUCAUGAUGGCACGAUAGGGCUAAUUUGUAGAUUUAGAACUUUAUAAUUAUUCCUACAAAGUUAAAGAGGGUUUUCUCUAACUAUACCACUUUCCAUGUUUAUUUCGUAGAAUAGUAUUUAACGUAGAAUAAAACUGACAAAAUAAUAGAAAUAAUGUUAAUUCACUUCUCCGAUAAACUGUCACACUUUUAUUUCUUGAUAUUCGUUCGAGAAAAUCCGUUUUGUGUCUGUGUACACCAGAAGAUGUUGUUGGAUCGGCAGCUGCAGCGACUAUGAAUCUUCUCCCUGAGAAAUCCAGGGAAAGUACUAAAAAAGGCAUAAACAGCUUCAUAGAAAGAGUGUUACUAACUUACUUUGAAACUGAAUCCAAAAUGUGGAAGUUCUCAACACUUUGAUCGACUUAUUCAGUACUGAAAAGCGCCCUAAUGCCAAAAAAAUCUAAAACAUUUGCCCUGAAGAAAUGGAUAAGUUUCUGUUGCAAGCUCCAAUCUCAUCUCAUGCAUAAGGUGUGACAGCAAAAAAUUCAAGUCUUUUAGCUCUGGUUGAAGAUCAUAUCAAGAGGUGGCUGAAACUCUAAAUAUCAAAAAACAGGUUAAGUCUUGACUGGUGAUUAUUGAAUUUUAUGGAAUUUGAAAGCAUCCUUAAUGGAUUAGGAUGGAUUUUUAUUUGGACACUGUAUUAAACGUAAUACUUUCCACUUACUUCAUAAACAGUAAAUGCUUAAUAAUUUUCACUGAUGGAGAUAAUGUUUUUAAUCAUAACUUGUCGAUACCUGUAAUUAACGUUAAAAUUAACAACGACAACAUACAUUCCGAAGUGUUUUUGAAUUCUUUUGGAUGCCAAGGAAUAGUUAUGAAAUCUGACAGACCGUCUACAGUUUUUCAAACUUUCGAAAUGGAAAUUAGAAACAGUACGGAAAGAUUCAACCACAGACAGUUUUUAAUAGCAACAGGAACAAAUUCAACCGAAAAUCCAAUGGAGAUAUUUGAAUCCACCCAGAUACAAUAUGUUGCCGACUUAUUAAUUGUAGAGGAAACUACUCACAAUAAUUCUAAUGACCUUGGGGAAGUUUAUGAAUUGUGGACACAUAAAUAUACCGGACUACAAAAUAACUCAGAGAAAGUGUUAUUGGACGUUUGGUAUUCACUGAACGAAUCAUUUUCGUACGGUGCAAAUUUAUAUCCAAACAAAUUAAAAAAUCAAAUGAGCAGAGUACUUAAGAUGGCAACUUUUCAGUAUGAACCGUACACAAUUAUUGGUUCUGGAAAGGACCAUAUGGGCUCCGAGAUGUCAUCUAUGUUAACUUUCGCCAAGUUUCUGAAUAUGACACCGGAAUUAGUGAUAAAUUCUGAUGAUUUUUGGGGAGCCAUUUAUGAAAAUUGGACUGGAAAUGGACUAAUGGGUAAUAUAGUUAACGAUAAAGCAGAUAUAGGCUUAGGGUCACUGUACACGUGGGAAUCCGCUUAUCAUUACUUGGAUUUGUCAUUUCCAUUAAUUAGAACUGGUGUAACUUGCUUAGUACCUGCUCCAACAGUGGAUGCUGGUUGGUUAACACCAUUAUAUUCUUAUUCUUAUAUGUUGUGGGCCUUCGUUAUAACAACUUUCAUGCUUGCUGUUUUCGGACACGCCGUUAUUUAUUAUUUGGAAGAGGAGAAUCUAUUCCAGGCAAGAAUUAUUGAACCAUCAAGAUUGAAGUACAAUCAAUCGAUAUUUGUUAUUUAUAAAUUAUUCGUUAUACAAGCCCUGAAGAAGUCCGAAAUUCCUCCCGGAAGACACGGCGUCUUAUUUAUUGGAAUCAUGUAUAUGUUUAGCGUGUUUCUAUCAAACACGUAUAGUAGUGGUUUAGCUUCUGUUAUGACAAUUCCUCGCUAUUACAAUGUCAUAGAAACCGUGGAGGAAUUUGUCGAUAGUGGUAUUAGUUGGGCUGGAAACCAUGAUGUUUGGACGGAAUCUAUUAGUCAUGCAAAACAGGAGCCAUAUAAAACAAUUGUUGAUCGUUUUGUAACUGUACCUGAUAAAAGAAAAUUGGAAGAAUACGCAAUAACUGCGAAAACUGCGUUUGCAUUGGAACGAUUACCAAACGACAAUUAUGCCAUUGGAACGUACAUUACAAGGGAUGCUAUUGAACAUUUGAGAUUAAUGAAAGAAGAUUUUUAUUGGGAAGAAUCUGUAAUUAUGACCAGAAAAAGUUCAGUGCUAUUGCCCAAAUUGAAUGAAUUUAUAUUGAGAUUAGCCGAAACUGGUCUUAUAUCAUACUGGCAACAUGAAGCCGUAAUGAUGCAUAUGGAUACGUAUAUACAAAAUGUGAUUCAAUAUUAUAAGACAAAGAAGCAGCGACCUGUUGUUAAAUUAAAAUGGAACCACGUAGCUGGAGCUUUCAGUAUAUUAGUAUUUGGUUGCAUAACCAGUAUGAUAAUAAUUAUUAUUGAAUUUGCAAUAUAUUAUAUGAGAUCAAAGAGAGAUACAGCCCCUCAUCCAUGAUCGUAGAUGGCACAAUUGUCAAUCGAAUAAAACAAAUAUUUUUCAUUGAUAUCAACACAUCAUUUUAAACCGAAAUCCGUUCCGUCAACUAUUCGUUAUUCGCUUCUUAGCUAUAGAUAAAGUGAUCUCAAACUUACCUCAAUUUUUAUUCGAUCGUUUUUUGCUUAAAUUGCCACCCAAUUUGGAAUUAACUGGUCCUGAGUUGUCUGAGAAUGUCAGAGCAUUGACACUAACCUAUUUUUCGAAUUACUUGAGAAUCGGCUGAUUAUGUUAAAAUCUAAUCAGUCAAUAAUUCAUAAUUCAAAGCUAGGAUGGUUCCUGGCUGGCCCAUUGAAUACUUAACUCUCAUAAUCAAGCAAAGCUUUAUUUCCUCAAAUUUAUUACAAGAGUUGGUUAGAAGCUUUUGGUUAUUGGACGAUGUACAGUUUGAUUAAAUUAAGUUAGGUUUUAGGUUUAGGUUUUAUUAAAAUAUUUCGAAAGAUAGCUUAAGACGUUGUAUGGUUAAACUGCUUUUUAACUAAAAUUUUCAGUAUUGAGGAGAUUUCAACUGGAAAACGUUCAAAAAAGGACCCCGAGCUUCGUUAACAAUAUUAUGUGAUAUUUAAAGAAUGUGAGUUAAAUAAAAAGCCGUGAGCGGUAGAGCUCCAUCACGAAAGUCGAAUUUUUCAAUUCCAAUUGACAACAAAGAAAAAAUUGUCAUAAUGACAAGAAAUUUCGAAAAUGGGAAGUAAAAAAAAUCACCCUAGCAACGAUCAUACUCGUAUUAUUCAUUAAAUAGGAGGCGGUCCAAUUCAACAAUUACAACGAUCAAAAUGAUUUCGGACGUUUUGUGCUAGAAGAACUGAAGGAGAAAACUUUGAACUUGAUAAAGACAAUUCUUCAACAUCACCCCUACUUGCAUGCGAAGU